AUGCAUCAAAAUCAAACGAAAAAAAAAUCAUCAUCAAAACCUUUUUCAUUAUUUGCACCAACAGUAGCUGAAGUUAAUCUUUAUCAUAAAGAAGAAUAUCAUAGAAAAGAUUCCUAUUAUUGUGGACCUAGAUUUAAUUAUGAUUAUUAUGAUGAAAUAUUAAAAAUAAAACCAGCUGUUAAAUAUGCUCGAGAUAUAAUACAAUAUUGGAUUGAAGAAUUUCAUUUUGAUGGUAUUCGAUUCGAUGCUAUUAAACAAAUUGAUAAUAAUAAUAAUAUUUUACAUGAAUUAGAUCAUGUAGUACGAUCUAUUCAUCAAAAUCAACCAUUUUUUACACAAAUUGAAGAUAUAUCUCAAACAUUAAAUAUUAUUAAAGAAAAUAAUAGUUCUAUUGAUGUAUGUUGGUCAUCAAAAUUUCAUGAUGUUAUUUAUCAAAUACUUAUUAAUCAAAAUAAAUUUGAUUUAGAUCAACUUAAAUAUGUUAUUAGUGCAAAAAAUUUUAUUAAUUAUUUAACUUGUCAUAAUAAUGAUAUAUAA